GCAACCGGCAGAGUUGAGUUCCACUCAAGAAGAAGACCCCGAAGAAGAAACGGCCGGGAGUAACAACGCGACGAAGAAGUCACUUUUGAUGUCGUUUUUGUGUUAAGCACUGAAGAAACUAUUUGACUUGGAUCCGCAGUGCGUCCGUCAACUGGGUUUCGUCAUCGAAGCGGCUCUUCUGCUGGGUUUGGGUUAGCAUGCUAACGUUAGCGUCCCGGACUUCCUAAAACCCCGACAACAAAACUUGGGGCUGAUUGAUCUCCUUUCUGCCAUUGUAACUUCCUAGGUCGCACCUCCCCGCUCCCCUCCGGUUACAUGCCAGCGCCUCCCGAUAGAAAUUCUAUCGAGUAGCGAGGCGGGAAAGGCGGUGUGGGGGGGGGGGAGAUGCUGCACUCCUUCGGACUAAGUUUGACGGUCAAGGUUCGCGUGUGACGUCAUCCACCCCACGGCCGUUUGAAAGUUUGAAUCGGCACGGCGCGCCACGUGACAAAAGCCGGGAAAACAGCGGCAUCAACAUCCAUCUUCAAUCAUGACUACCACGCGGGCCAGGACAUCAGCCGACGUUUGCGGGGUCAAAGGCGACGAGGCGGAGCGGACGUCCCCGUCGGCGAGGAGUUGGACGCGGCGUUUCCGGGACGUGGACCCCGUCCCGCUUCAGCUGCAAAGCGGGCCCGCCAGCGCCCAUCUCUACUGUGAUGUCAUCGACGGCCUGGCGGAGGGCGGCGCCAUGGCCGAGGUGUUCCUGGUUGAGAUCUUCCGCUGCAAAGUGUGCCGCUUCACCUGCGGCCUCAAGAGCGCCAUCUGCAGUCACCUGCUGAUGGCGCACGCCUCGCCGGCGGACGCGGGGCUGCAGCGGCCGCCCCCGACCUACGCGCUUGACCUCAAACACGACGAUGACGACUUCCUGCUCUACGACGUGCUGCGCGACAUCGGCCCGCCCGCCUGCCACAUUGACGCCCACGCCGGGUUAAAGGUCACGCACAACUGCGAGGUCGGCGGCCUUUUUGAGGACGACGAGUCCAUCUUCCCCGUGAAGACGGCGUUUCGUCCGGCGGAUCCCCCCGCCGUUGGCGAGGAGGCGGCGCAGUCCGCCCACCUCAUGACGCUCGGAUUGCGUCGCAUCGCCGGCGCGCGGCCUCAUCCGCCGUCCCCGGACGGCGAAAAGGACGCGAGGAAGCGUGCGUCCCGGCGACGUCGCGGGACCGACGUCGGUCACGGGCGGUCGGCUGAGCUGAAGUCGCGCGGGAGGGCGACGGAGGAGGGCCGGAGAGGGGCCGAGUCACGUGACCUCGAGGAUGAGAACGCCGGUCCAAGUGGACGAGCUGACAACGGGAAGAAGAAAAGGACGACGACGCACCUGCGCAGAUCAUCAGCAGGGAGACAAAAAGGACCAAAAAAAGAGUUGGCGGCGUUCGUCUGCUCCCUUUGUCACAAGAAGUUGUCCAGCAAAGUCACUCUGCGGCGCCACUUGGGGGUCCACACUGGAAUCAAGCUCUUCUCCUGUCCCACGUGUUCGUACACUAGCAGACUCAAGGAAUCGCUCCAGCAACACGUCAGGACGCACACCGGUGAGAAACCUUUCAGGUGUGCGUCGUGUCCGUACGCUUCCAUCGAUCGGAGUUCUCUGGUGCGACAUUCCCGAACGCACAGCCAGGAAAAACCCUACAAGUGUUCGCAGUGUGACUACAGCAGCAUCCAGAAGAAGAGUUUGGAUCUCCACGCGCGUCGCCAUCACACGGGGGAAACGUUUCGCUGCCAGCGGUGCCAGUACGCCAGCGCCGAUCGCCAGCUGCUGCAGAGACACGCGCGCAGACAUCAUCAUCAACACGCGUCCUCCCACGAUGCCGAGGGCCAGGCGGGAUGAAGACAAGACGCAGUUUUGCCAAACGUUUCAAGAUAGCGCUAAACGCUUUCCCGUAUAAAGAGGACCUUUGCUCUCGUCAGCCACGAACUGGAACGCAAACGCGUCGAGGCGAGGGCGCCUUUCCAGUCGCUCCGCACGCGAGCUGCCGUCGCACUUUUUUGACAUUUGCCGUACGAGCGUCGGAUGCUGUCGACGAGCUGGAGGCGUUUGACAAAACUGCAGAAUUUGGCAAAAUGCCUUCGAGCCGUGGGGAGCCUCGUCCACACCCGCAGACAGUCUGCAUUAAAACCAAGCAAACCGCUUGACCUUAGAACCCCCUUGCGAGCAGAAUGCAAAACGCCAGACGGGCAAACGAGAAGACUUAGUGUUGCGGCGUUCAAACCCUUCGAGCCAUGGCUAUUUGAACACAAAUGGUGCGGCAACCGCUACAUUUAAAAAGCGACACCUAUUACUGUUAUUGCAGCUUACUGAGUCGUAUGUGAAAACUUGCGUCUCGUCCCUAUCACGCUGCCACUGAGGACCGGGGGUUCAAAUCCCGGCCUGGCCCGUGUGGACUUUUCUCCGCCAACUCCGGUUUGAUCCCGCAUCCCUGAAACAACUGGGGGUGUUAUUGAAGACUAAUUUGCCCGUAGGUGUGAAUGCAAGUCAUUGUUUCUAUGUGCUGAAGGUGUAUGUGUCGCUCGACAGUUGGGUUAGGUUCUCGCACCCCCGGUUCCCUCGUGAGGAGAAGCAGUGAAGACAAUGGAGGGAUAAAUAAGGCAAUUAAUAGGAUGUGCUAACCGGUUUUUGCCUACUGCGCCCACACACUCCUGAUUUGAUGAUUAGAAUAAAGUCUUUGGCACAUUUUU